UUGCAGAGCUUCCCCUCCGCUUCGCAUAGACGCCUCCUCAAACGAGGGCUCACUCCUCUUGGCUCUUAUAUCUUACUUCGAAUCCUCAAACGACCCAACGAAGCAUCACAAGAAAGGCGCAAUCUGAGCUCCUGCCAUGGCUUUAUCUUCCCGUCUAUUGUCCAAAUCCAAGCAGGUGCUUGGCAGUCAAAGUAUCUUACACCAGGGGCAUGCUAUUCCUGUUCGUCACUUUGCAAAAGAGGCUGCUCGGCCUGCUCUGAAGGGAGAUGAAAUGCUGAAGAACAUAUUUUUGGAAGUGAAAAAGAAAUUCGAGACAGCACUUGAUGUCUUCCGGAAAGAGAAGAUCACAAUUGAUCCAGAUGAUCCUGCUGCAGUAGCUCAAUACGCCAAGGUCAUGAAAUUGGCAAGAGAGAAGGCAGAUUUAUUCUCAGAAUCACAGAGAAUCAAAUACACCAUUCAGACACGAACUCAAGACAUCCCUGAUGCUAGAACAUACUUGCUGACGUUGAAGGAUAUAAGGAUUAAGAGAGGUCUUACUGAUGAGCUUGGUGCAGAAGCUUUGAUGUUUGAUGCACUGGAAAAGGUUGAGAAAGAAUUGAAGAAACCUCUCUUGAGGAAUGACAAGAAAGGAAUGUCUGUUCUUAUGGCUGAGUUUGACAAAAUCAAUCAGAAGCUUGGCAUUCGGAGGGAAGAUCUGCCCAAGUACGAGGAGCAGUUGGAACUUAAAAUUUCCAAGGCACAAUUGGAUGAGCUGAAGAAAGAUGCUCUUGAGGCAAUGGAAACUCAAAAGAAGCGUGAGGAGUUUAAAGACGAGGAAAUGGUGGAUACGAAGUCUUUAGACGUGAGAAACUUCCUGUAGAUUUUCAAAUCAUUUUUCAUUUGUUUUGUGGUUGAGCAAAAUCUUUAUCAACUGAAGUUAUUUGGUUGUUUUGAACACCGGGAAUCCAUCUCUUUAGCUUUAAUAAGAAAAGCACCUAUGAUAUUGGGAGUGCAUCAUUGUCUGAUGUUUGAUCCCAACUCCCUUUUUUUGUAAUUCAUCCUACUAUGUUGCUUUGCCAGGUGAUAACUGGAUGGAUAUUUUCAAGAAAUUUUCAUUCUGUCCUGCUACCAGAUUCCAAUAAGUUUCUGUUAUAUUA